AUGGUCAAUCCUAUAAUUGACGGGCAUGUGCUUUCUGAAAUACCUUUGGCAUCAUUUAUUUCUGGAAAGGUGGUUGAUGUACCUAUGCUGGCAGGCAAUGUUGGGAAUGAAGGCUCCGGUCUACCGCACCUAACUUCCAUUGACGACUAUCGCGCCUAUGUAAAUGCUACUUUUGGGGGAUAUGCAGAUGAAGCAUUGCGCAUCUACCCUGUAGCCAGUGACUCCGAAGCAUGGGUUCUGUCAAACCAGUUGCUGGCCGACCAAGUCUUUGUCUAUUCAACAUGGACAGCAGCACGCCUGCAAGCUCGAAAUUUGAAAUCACCUGUGUGGUAUUACAAAUUUGAACGAGCUCCACCAAUUCCUCCAAAUUCUGAAAUUAUUGAAAGAACGUUUGCCGGGGCCUUCCAUGUGGCCGGCACACCAUACGCGUUUGGAAAUCUCGAUGCAUUGCAGUGGAACUGGACAGAUGGGGAUAAAUCGCUGUCAAAGGACGUGAUGGCAGCUUGGGUGUCUUUUCUGAAAAGUAAAAAUCCGAGUAUCGAGAAGGCAAACCAUGGGGAAUGGCUAAAGCUGAGCCCCAGCAACCACUCUGUUAAGGUUUGGGAUGUUGAUUCGCGACCGGAGCUAGUAGAGCCUCAAUUCAGUGAGAUGAUUUCACUGUGGGAUAAAUUAUAUGGGGUGACAGUCUAG